UAUCUCCAACAUAUUUAAGGAACUCCUGUGUUGGUUUUCAUGACUAACGCAAGAUAAGUGGCAAGACUCUGAUUUGAUCAUAAACACUCUCCUCGCCCAUUUCAUUUGAAAUUCCUCGGAAUGGCUCAGAAAAGCAAGAUUUUGAUAAUCGGAGCCACCGGAUACAUCGGAAAAUUCCUAGUGGAGGCAAGCGUGAAAGAUGGACGCUCAACUUUUGCAUUGGUCAGAGAAAGCACAGCUUCGAGUCCUGACAAGUCCGAACUCAUUGAGAGCUUCAAGAGCUCUGGAGUUACAGUUCUCUAUGGAGACAUCUAUAAUCAUGAGAGCUUGGUGAAGGCAAUCAAGCAAGUUGAUGCAGUGAUCUCUGCAGUUGGGUUUCAACAACUGGGUGAUCAGGUGAAGAUUAUUGCUGCCAUCAAAGAAGCUGGAAAUAUCAAGAGAUUCCUCCCAUCAGAAUUUGGAAUGGAUGUGGAUCGUUUCAAUGCAGUGGAGCCAGCUGCAAGCCUUUUUGCUCUUAAGGCUAGCAUCCGGAGAUCAAUCGAGGAAGCAGGAAUUCCAUAUACCUACAUCGUGUCCAAUUGCUUUGCUGAGUACUUCUUGAGAAACUUUGGACAGUCAGGUGCCACAGUUCCUCCAAGAGACAAAGUAGUAGUACUUGGCGAUGGAAAUAUCAAAGUAAUUUUUAACAAGGAAGGAGAUAUUGCCACUUAUACGAUAAAAGCAGUUGAUGAUCCAAAAACGUUGAACAAGAUCCUUUAUAUGAGACCCCCUGCUAACAUUUUGUCCUUCAAUGAGAUUCUCUCCCUGUGGGAGAAGAAGAUCAGCAAGACCCUGGAGAAGAUUUAUAUUCUAGAAGACCAACUUCUUGAGAAUAUCCGGGAAUCUCCAGCCCCCUCAAACAUCAUUUUAUCCAUCUUAUACUCUGUGUUUGUGAAGGGAGAUUGUACAAAUUAUGAGAUUGAGGCUUCUUUCGGAGUGGAGGCUUCUGAGAUUUAUCCAGAGGUGAAAUACACAACUGUGGAGGAAUACCUCGAUCAGCUUGUCUAAAAUUUGCAAUAUGUUCUGUUUGCUGUGUACAAUAAAUAUAGGAACUUAUGAAGUCUCCAUGGUCUGUCUACUGUGGCACUUGCUACCUUUCAUUUGUGCCCUUGUUUAUAUUUGUCAUAAAAACCCUUGUACUGGAACCUUUGUACUGUUGUUUCAAUCUUAAAAUAGUAUUUGUGUUGUGGUACAAUAAUGGAAAUGAUAUAUUAAAAAAAAAAAAAAAAAAAAAAACCUUAUUCUGAA